CCUCAUUGCCACCAACAUGUCCUUGAGGUCAUAGCUCUCUUCCACUUUGAACCAAGGCAGUGCUUGGCAUAAAAAUGGGUUCCCUCAGCACAGCAAAUGUCGAAUUUUGCCUUGAUGUGUUCAAAGAGAUGAACAAUAGCAAUGUAGGAGACAACAUCUUCUUCUCUCCACUGAGUCUGCUUUAUGCUCUAAGUAUGAUCCUCCUUGGUGCCAGAGGAAACAGUGCAGACCAAAUGCAAAAGGUGCUUCAUUUUAAUCAUAUUGUGGAAUCGUUAAAACCAGAAUUUAAGAACUCACCUCAGUGCAGCCAAGCUGGAAGGAUUCAUUCAGAGCUUGGUGUCCUAUUCUCUCAAAUCAACCAGCCAGAUUCUAACUAUACCCUCAGCAUUGCCAACAAACUCUAUGGAACAGAGACAAUGGCAUUCCAUGAGCAAUAUUUAAGCUGUUCUGAGAAACUGUAUCAAGCCAGGUUGGAAACUGUUGAUUUUGAACAGUCUACAGAGGAAACAAGAAAAACUAUUAAUGCUUGGGUUGAAAGUAAAACUAAUGGAAAAGUCAAAGACCUCUUUGGAAAGGGCACAAUUGACCCUUCCUCUGUAAUGGUCCUGGUGAAUGCUAUAUAUUUCAAAGGACAAUGGCAAAAUAAAUUUCAGGAAAGAGAGACGGUUAAAACCCCUUUUCAGCUAAGUGAGGGUAAAAGUGUAAUUGUGGAAAUGAUGCAUCAAACUGGAACAUUUAAAUUGGCCUUCAUAAAGGAGCCGAAGAUGCUAGUUCUGGAGCUGCCCUAUGUUAACAACAAACUAAACAUGAUUAUCCUGCUUCCAAAAGGCACAACUAAUCUAGAACAGGUAGAAAAGCAGCUGAACGUGAGAACGUUUCACCGAUGGACCAGCUCUGCCAACAUGCUAGAAAGAGAAGUUGAAGUGCAUCUCCCCCGGUUCAAACUUGAAGUCAAGUAUGAGUUAAAUUCCCUGUUAAAAUCCUUAGGGAUGACAGACCUCUUCAACUAUGGCAAAGCCGACCUUUCUGGAAUGUCACCAGCCACGGGCCUCUAUUUAUCCAAGGUCAUCCACAAGUCAUACUUGGAUGUCAGCGAAGAGGGCACUGAGGCAGCAGGCGCCACUGGAGACAGCAUCUCUGUAAAAAGACUCCCGAUCCGGGCUCGGUUCAUGGCCAAUCGCCCCUUUCUGUUCUUUAUAAGGCAUGUUCACAGCAACAUGAUUCUCUUCUGUGGCAAGCUCGCCUCUCCAUAAACAGCUGGGCUCAGGGUGCAGGGGCAAACCUGUGAUUGCCCCGUGGC